AUGCCUCUCGCUGCGCAAAAAGUUGACUCCUUCGCCUCUGUCUCGCAGCCCCUCAGCGCGUCCUCAGACAGCAACUCCAAGACAGUAGUUCGUCUCGCCAAGGAAAACGCGCGACUCAAUGCUCUCUUCAAGACGACGCAGACCAAGCUCGAUUUGCUGGAACGCUUUGUACGAUUUCUAGCGGCGUUUGGUGUGGUUCCAGAGCUCAUGGAGAAGGCCGAACAAGCUAUGUGGGCUGCCUCGACUCCGAUGGCUCCUCAGAGCUUGGUCCCACAGACGAGCUCUUCGUUCGAGUUGGCAGUGGACCGCCAAGGGUAUAGGGUCAAGAAGAAGGAGCAGGCUCCGCAUCAUAUCUCGAAUUGUGAUUACCUUAUGCUGGAAGAGCCUCGUGUCGUUGAAUCGAUUGAAAGACUCUAUGGUCAAUUUAGCGGGACGGACUUGGGAUCAUUGGAGGGGAGCAAUACGAGUGUUGAAUCCACUGGGAUUAUGGUCGAGCAGGAGGACCAGACUCCCAAGAAAAUCAAAGCACCGCUUACUUUUGUCCCUCGACCGCCUACAUUGAAACACAAACCGACGAAUUUCCGGCCGGACACGGAUUAUCCUCCGAUCCCUGUAAAGACGAGAACGAGUUCGACUACGCGAGCGACACCCACAUCGCAAUCAACACCUAUGCAAAGAACCGCUCUAGUUCAACGACCAUCCAACCAAACAACGCCCAUUCAGCGAAUUGGGCUCCAAGCGUCAGUCGAGCGACAUACUAGCCCCGGCCAUUUUUCAUCCAACCCAAGCACUCCACUUGCUAAGACCGUGAUUGACUGUGCUACACCUUUGCGUCGGCAGAAAUCUUCCACUAUACCAGUCAAAGGGUCACUAUGCAGGCCUAUGGUGUCUUCCGCGAUGAGAUCCGUUUCUGCUGGCCAGACUUCGAUGAUGCCUCGGUUGUCUUCUCAGAAAAGGCUGUUGGAACCUAGGAAGGAGAAAGAAAACGUAAAGAGGAUCGUUGUAUCUCACUAG